AUGGUAGCUAAAAUUUGGGAAGCAACAGUCAUUUUUCAGGAUAUUCUAAAUACGGUUAUGAUGAGCUGGGAGGCGGAUGAGAGGGAGAAUUUGUCUCGAGAUUUAGUGCGUUCACGACAGGAGCGAGAUGUGAUGAAGACCCGCAUCGAACGAUUGACUCGUCAGCUCAAGGAGGCCCAAGCAGAACUCGAGGUUUAUCGCCGAGAAGGUGUAUUAGCUCAUACCAGCAGCAGCAAAGAAAUUGUCCAACCUAUGAUUCGGAGUCGUAGUGCGACGAAUAUUGAAGAGGACGUUACUGACAAGCAGGAAGUCCAUCUGUGGAGAGAAAAAUGUGGCACAAUGUUCCGCGAAUUAAAUGCUAUGAGAAGCGGAUACCAA